GUUGUUUAGCCUCGCGGCUGGCGGCUCCAGCGUCUCCUCACGGUGAAGUUUAAGUGUUCUUCGCAAAAUCCAGAUCUGAAGAAUGAGUUCUGGAAUCUACGGUGGAGAUGAAGUUGGAGCGGUCGUGUUCGACUACGGACACUAUUCAUUCCGCGCCGGAUACGCGGGAGAAGAUGCUCCGAAAGCCGAUAUACCGUCCGCGAUCGGUCUCGUGGAUCAGCUCAUCGAGGGCAAAGACGAACUAGAAAAGAAGUAUUUGAUCGACGUCGGAGCCCUCAACUACCCGCGGAAGGGGGUCGAGCUGCAAUCGUUCCUCAAGGAUGGACUCAUCGACGACUGGGAGCUCUUCGAGAAGAUUCUUGAUUACAGUUAUGACAAACACAUCCGCUCCGAGUCGCAGCUUCAUCCGGUGUUGAUUUCGGAGGCGUCAUGGAACACCCGGCCGAAACGCGAAAAACUCACUGAGCUCAUGUUCGAGAAGUACAACGUUCCCGCAUUUUUCCUCAUCAAAAAUGCUGUCCUCUCAGCGUUCGCGAACGGAAGGGCUACGGCGGUGAUUGUCGAUUCAGGUGCGACUCAGACUUCUGCCGUGCCGGUACAUGACGGCUACGUGUUACAGCAAGCGAUCGUGAAAUCACCCUUAGCUGGCGAUUUCAUCACAAUGCAAUGUAAACAGUAUCUCGAGGACCAUGAGAAAGUCGAGCUCGUUCCCAACUAUCUGGUCGCGUCGAAAGAGCCUGUCAAGGAGCGGGAACCUCCGAAAUAUACGAGAAAGACCGUGCCCGAGGUGUCGAAAUCCUGGGCCAAUCUCCAAGUGAGGACGCUGUUGCAAGACUUCCAGGCCUCGGUCCUCCAAGUGUCCGAUGCGCCCUACGACAAGGAGGUCGCCGAAGGCAUGCCCGCUGUUCACUACGAGUUUCCCACGGGCUAUAACAACGACUAUGGAGCGAAAAGAUUCGAAAUACCCGAGGGUCUCUUCGAUCCUUCGAGCAUCAGGCAACAACUUCCGGGUACUCCCCUUGGAGUCGCGCAGGUGGUCACGACAUCGGUCGGCAUGUGUGAUGUCGAUAUGAGACCUUCAUUCUACGGCAACAUUACCGUAGUUGGCGGCUGCACUCUCCUGCAGGGCUACGCUGACCGCUUGCAGCGAGACCUCUCCCACAAGACUCCGCCAUCGAUGAGGCUGAAAUUCAUUGCCCCAAACACACCUGCCGAGAGACGGUUCGCUCCUUGGAUUGGCGGUUCCAUUCUUGCCUCGCUCGGAACCUUCCAACAAAUGUGGAUAUCGAGACAGGAAUACGACGAAGGAGGCAAACAGGUGGUCGAACGAAAAUGUCCUUGAACAAAUGAUCUUAAAUUUCAUUGUAUAUUGAGAACUUUCUAAUAAAUAUCAUAUUCUUAUUGCGCCGAGCGGAAAGAAAUAAAUGCGGAUCCAAUACACCGGA